AUGAGGCCCCUCACGGACGUCGAGACGCAGACUCUCUUCACAAAACUGGCAAACUACACCGGACGCUCCUUGACCCAGCUCAUCGCACCGAGCGACACCGACAAAGACGACCGCUACGUCUUCCGCCUGCACGAAUCGCGCGUCUACUACGUCCGUCUCUCCAUCGCCAAUCUAGCGACCUCCAUUGCUCGUGACAACCUCCUCUCUCUCGGUACCUGCAUUGGAAAGUUCACCAAGACAGGAAAAUUCCGUCUACACAUCACCGCCCUGGAUGUGAUUGCUCCGCACGCUCGGUACAAGCUUUGGGUCAAGCCGAAUGGAGAAAUGCCAUUUCUCUAUGGCGGGAACGUGGUAAAAGCCCAUGUUGGGCGGUGGAGUGAAGACUGCCCGGAACAUUCGGGAGUGGUUAUACUGGCAAUGGAUGAUACUCCUUUGGGCUUUGGCGUGACUGCAAGGAGCACGGCCGAGGCGAGGAAGCUGGAACCCACCAGUAUCGUGGCGUUCCGGCAGGGUGAUGUUGGCGAGUAUCUGAGAGAAGAGGAUACUUUGUUCACGACUUGA